AGCGGCCUGUCUUAGCAGGACUCGCAAUCCAGUAAGAGCGGGACCAACUCAAGCAGAGAUGCCGCAAGGCAUGCGGCCAAAUGUAUGUCCGACUUUUCCUGGGAGACCUGAGCAAGUCUGUCGUUGAGGAUCGUCGGGCAGGCCUUGGGAAAGGUGCAGUAUAACGGGACAUCGAAUUCGUUACGACUGGGACCUUUCGUUGAGGCGUCCGAAUCUUUACGAAAAGGACGAUGUGACAAUCUAUGAUGUUUCUUCCCGAGGGAACGACAAUGGCCCCGAUACCUGUGGUUGUGGGCAGUGAAAGUGCCGAGUAGUUCAUUCUUACCGUGGACGCAAUGUCACAUCGAACCGCUUUUAGCAGCGAUGGCGCAUCGUUACCACGUCUUCGGGCCUCAUGUUCGGGAUGCGCGAUAGGACUUCCGGUUUAGGGUGCUGGUACUGGCGGUGGAAGGCGCAAGAGAACGGACGUUCUGGUCGAUACUUUCAUGAGCGGUGGCGACAUGGGGGCGAAUGGUGCAGCGUCGAGUUCUGCUGGAAGAAGCGCCACCUCCGCUAGGGAGCCAAUCUACUUGAAUGUGUACGACCUUACACCGAUGAACGGAUACGUUUAUUGGUUUGGGCUAGGCAUCUUUCACUCGGGGAUAGAGGUUCACGGGUUGGAGUAUGGUUUUGGGGCCCAUGAUUAUCCAUCAACCGGAGUGUUUGAAGUGGAGCCACGUAACUGUCCCGGGUUCACCUUCAGAAGAAGCAUAGUGAUGGGAACCACGGAUAUGACGCGUCAACAAUUCCGAUCAUUCAUCGAAGCUUAUAAGGAUGAUUACCGUGGAAACAGCUAUCAUCUCAUUGCAAAAAAUUGCAAUCAUUUUUCUAACGAAGUAUGCUCGAAACUAACGGGACAAGAAAUUCCCGGCUGGGUCAAUCGAUUGGCAGGAAUAGGCUCGUUCUGCAAUUGUCUUCUACCUGAAAGUUUGCAAGUAGCAGUGGUUGGUCAAACCGGAAGAAACGAACCGAAGAUCCCGGAGGGUGAGAGUGAUUUGCUUCUUUUGGCGUUACCUGAUGGCGAUACAAAGUCUCUCAUGUCUGAUCGUCGGUUAUCGGGUGCCCAUUGAGUUGCGUUACGGUGACAAUCACUCCUUGUAUCUGGUGAUAAAGUGCAGUAUAUUUCUUCUCAAAGAUUGCGGUGAAGGGAGAAUCAGACCAGAGAAGAAGCGGAUCGUGAGGAAACAACGGGAUAUUAUGAUGCUAUGGAGCUUUGUUGGACUAUUAGGAGGUAUAUACGUGGCUAAGUCUGCCGCAUGCCAUACUUGCGGCCUUAGCUCAUUGGUUCUCCAUCCGUCGGCGAAAGCACAGGGCAGGCCAAAUUUCUGUUCAUCACUUGUUUGAGUUGGUAGUGAGAUGGACAGGACUAGAUCAAGCUUUUGGAGGAUUGUGUGUGCCCUCUCGAACGUUCCUCAACGUUGGGUUCGUGCUCCUUCUCCGGCCACUCAGUGAUGUCAAUGAAUGACCACGUCGUGUAUUAUUUGGUAUCAUUGCCGAGAUAGAAAUACAAGACUACAGCUUAUUCAAGUUCAGUGGCUGUCAGAUUAGUUUUUCAGCUCUCUCCAGCGGUUCUGGGAUCAGAGAAAACGUGUCAGUGGUCAACGAAGUUUAGAAUUUAGGCCUUCUGAAAACGUGCCUAGUCUGUUAUUCGAUUAUGUCUUUACACGAGGUUAGCGGGAAGCCACAUGAUCUGCCUGGAAUUUGACUACUGCACCAUUUCGGAGCUUCGUACGCCGAAAUAUCAUUACUAGUUCACUGUAUGGUAGCAAUGUGCCCCGCAGGUGAAUCGAUGCACUUGCUACUGGGGAGUUCACAAUUUGGAGAUCAUUGGGUACCUUGACCUAGAUACGUGAGAGUUUGACGACCAAACAGUCAACGUGUUGUCUUCAUCCCACUGUCGUGAAAGGCUUCCGGUCAGCACGUCACAAUGGUGUAUCCUCUCUGCUCAAAUCUCCCGAUGUGGAGACUGGGAUGAGACCAAAGUCCUCAUGCGCUUCAACAAGACAUACUGUCAGAUCAAAGAGCAGUCAUGAAGACCACUAACUUCAAAUUUAAUUUGAAGUUGAAAUGCUAUGCUGGUGGCGAAAAGGUAUACUGAGGAUUAGAAGGACUCCGAGUGAAUCGACCGAGUUGGAGAUUGUGACAGCUACGAGAAGCCCUGACAAUUUCAGUUUGUACGUCUCUUCCACGAAUCCCAACAGAACUUUUAACGUCUGUUGAAACAACUUGAGCUUGUUCCUUGACAUUGUCUCGUUGAAGUGAAUCUGAUUUUCCACCUCUUCCUUGCUCAGACCUUCCACCUUGCAACUUCGGUCAAACUUUUAUUCCAGUCGGACGUUGAGGCUAGGGCAAAUGUUAGCUCGAUAAGCUGUGAAACUGAGUGUGGAAUUCAGCCUCGCCACACUGAUGUGAUCUUGCGAUUUCUGUAGUUCUCCCCUGUUUGCAUGUCACAUGUGCUUCAACGAAGCUUACAUUGAUGACAAGCAGAUCAUUCGACGUAAGGAGUAAAUGUAAAUACGAUAUCUGCGAGGUCAUGUGAUAGUAAUUUAACAUGUAUUUACUUCUAUCUGAUCUACUGAAAAAUGUUAGUGGAUGAGCCGAAUAUAUCUCGAUUCAGUUUUCCAAAUAGUUUGUGGAAAGUUUUCCAUAUUUAAUCAUGCACUGAUGAUAGAGUGUCGAAGGAAGUCUGUAGGCUAGAUCGCACAAGCAACUGGAACGGCGUACACUCCGGGCAUGCUAUGUAAGGUGUGUAAUAAAUCCGCCAAGCAAUGUGGCUUAUGCGACUGAAUCAAAUCCAACU